AUGACGACCCUUCCACCAGAGUUCUCAAAAGGGAGUGGUAAAUUCACUUUUGGCCAUGAGGGCUGCGGCAAGAUUGUUGCUUUAGGGCCGGAAGCUAAAAAGUACAAGAUUGGCGAUGUAGUGGCGAUCAUGUGUGUUCCUGGCUGUGGUAAAUCAACCUGUCACGAGUGCUCGAACGGAGUUCCUCAGAUCUGCUUGCAAGGGCCAAGAUAUGGAGGUGGAGAUGAUGGCUUCAACGCUGCCUACACCAAAGUUCGAGAGACUGCAGCAGUCAAGGUCCCUGAGGGGGUCAGUGCGGCUGCCGGCGCCGUAGCCACUGAUGCAUGCAUGACUGCCUACCACGCAGUCGUCGGUCGAGCGGCGGUUAAGAAGAAGGAACCUGUUUUGAUCUUCGGACUUGGGGGCCUAGGUUUCAAUGCUCUUCAAAUUGUCAUCCAUAUCGGUGCACGCGCUAUCGUUGUCGAUCAGCGACAGGUUGUGCUGGAUGAGGCUUUGAAGUUGGGCGUCAAGCCUGAAGAUGUCAUACCUGCCGGCACAACUGAUGUAGCCGGAUGGGUUAAGGAGAAAAAAUUAAUAAUCGAUAAGGUCAUUGACUUUGUUGCAGUGUCUGACACAUUUAAAGCAGGCGUGCUAAGCGCCCGUCUUUCAGGAACCAUAGUCCUCGUGGGUUUGCUCAGCCCCGAAUUGCCAUUGGCCUGCCCAAUUGUCGUCCGAAGGCAGCUCAAUAUCCUGGGUAGCUAUGGAGGCACCAUCCAGGACGUAGAAGCGUGCCUUGACCUGAUUCAAAAACAUGUGAUUAUCCCUCACGUUGUCACCGAAAGUCUGAAGGAUUUCCCUACUUUGCUAGAGGAUCUCCACCAUGGCAAGAUCAAGGGCAGAGUUGCGAUGAUUCCAGAAGGCCUCGACAGCCCGUAG